ACACUAGCGCUCAACGGUAGUGUUUUCCUCGGUCAGAUUUGUGCGCGUUUCAGGCUUUUUUUUAGGGUCGUCCGGUGGCGAGUGAACGCGAUCUCUUGUAAUCUGUAGUCAUGGAAUGGAAGCCUAUGGAGAUCAACCCGGAGAUGCUGAAUAAGGUGCUGAGUAAUCUGGGCGUGGGAGCAGACUGGCACUUCGUAGAUGUGUUGGGUUUAGAGGACGACGCUUUGUCCGGAGUGCCCACGCCCUGCUGCGCCUUAAUGCUGCUGUUCCCUUUAACGCAACAGCACGAGGAGUUCCGCUCCAGUCAGUCAGUUGAUGGCUGUAAGGACGUUUACUUCCUAAAGCAGACUAUCACAAACUCCUGUGGUACUGUGGGUUUGCUGCAUGCCGUGGCGAACAAUCAGGAUAAGAUACGUUUUGAAAGUGGCUCUGCUUUGAAGUCGUUUCUAGAAGAGACAGCUGGCUUGUCCCCUGCUGAUCGUGCCAAACAGCUGGAGCAAAAUCAGGCAAUACAGGAAUCUCAUCAUCAAGUUGCUAAUGAGGGACAGUGUCGUCCAGAAGCGGAUAAAGUGAACUUUCACUUUAUUACCUUUGUCAGUGUGAAUGGCCAGCUUUAUGAACUCGAUGGCCGAAUUGAUGGACCUGUGAAUCAUGGUGCAACAAACCCAGACAGCUUUGUCAUGAAUGCAGCAAGGGUGUGCCGUGGCUUUACUGAGCGUGAGAAAGGAGAGGUGCGAUUCUCUGCCGUGGCUCUCUGCAAGGCCUGAAGAUGUCGGGCCACACAGCUGAGUGAUCAACUGACCAAAAAUUCCACCAUUGUUCCCCUUUAGGACAGAGCACACGAGUGAACAGUAUACCACAAAUGCCUGUCUGCUUGACAGUGAAUCGCCCUUUUGUUCUUUCUUUUAGCUCUGACAUUGGUCUUCACAACUGCCAAGCUUUGUUUAGACAUUCUUUUUGUAUUUGUAGUUUUUUUGCACAAGUGCCUUAAUUGGCACUCUUCUUGGUGAACACUUCAGUUCUAAAUAAGUGAUUAAUGGCUCUGGAUCUUAAGUAGUGGGUUUUUGAAACCAUAUUACAGUUCAUUGGGAUUAUAAUUUGGGUGUGCAUGAUCUGGUGUAGUGCCAUGCUGCCUUUUGGCUGUUAUGUCUUGUGAGAAUGUUAGUAUAGGAGAUUCUCACUCAAUGGGGAUCCAUUUUAUUGCUAUGUGUACUGUUAAGGUAGACUGCUUCAAAACCAAUAAAAUCAAAGGGAUAAGCCACUGA